AAUGUACUUAAAAUGACUUAUUGUAGUAAGAUGUCAAUGACACGUAAUACAAGGAAGAUUUUGAUUGGCUCUUGGACCGACGUCAUGGAUGGAUACAGCAACACAGUUUUUAUGAACAUCUAAUGGUGACUGUGAGUAGGACUUUGCAUUUCUUUCUCAAACUACAUUAUUAAUCAUUUAUAAAUGAGAGUCUAACAGUUAGCUAGUAAACUAAAUGUAAGUUUAGGAUGCGUUUACGUUACAUGUAUUCGCCACAUUAUCGAUGCAUUCGCAUAUCGAUCGAUCGCAAACUCCACAGAUAACUGUUAUAUAGUUCAUGCCACGACAUGCUUUAGGAUCGUCACAUCUAAAAUCUAAUACAUAUCAUAAUUUGAUCAGUAAUCAUCAUUAAACGAAGCAUCUUCUGUUGUGUAAACUGAUCUGGUUUGAUGGUGUUUAGGCAACUUGCAGUUUUUUUAAUAUCGGAAAUGUUCAACAAACGACUUUAACGCAAAUACCGCGUAACUUACUGACCUAAUAGAGGGUUUUUUUUUACAUUUCUUUGUGAUUGAAGUAAUAAGCAAACUGCUUUAAACAAAAAUCCGACCAUGUCUUUGCACGUGAGAAAUGCUCAUCCAUAUAAUUUAGCCGUCUUAGUUAUCAAAUAAAUGCAACCUCGUGCUUAUCAGUGAGGUUUUAGCUAAGUUAUUACAUUUCGGUUAAUAAGAUUAUCUCAUAAGGUUAUCAUGUCAUGCUAGAUAUCGACCAUGUCUUUGCACGUGAUAAAUGCUCAUCCAUAUAAUUUAGCCGUCUUAGUUAUCAAAUAAAUGCAACCUCGUGCUUAUCAGUGAGGUGUUAGCUAAGCUAUUACAUUUCGGUUAAUAAGAUUAUCUCGUAAGGUUACCAUGUCAUGCUAGAUAAAUAAAUAGCUAGAUCGUACUUUAGUAGAUCACAGAUCAAACGAUGUAAAUUUGCCUUGUCAGCUAUUCAAAAAAAAUGAAUAAAUAAUCUAAUGUAUUUUUGUAACUUUGCAGAUUCCAAGAAGUGAAAAGCAAGAAGAUGAUCUGGAAAUGAUUUUAUGAAAGCUUCAUUGUGGACAAAUUUUGUAGAUUUUGCAUGGCAUCAAGGACUGACACACAACACCAAGAGAUGGCUUUACAAGAAACCAUGACUUUGCGAGUUAUUCUUACAGAAGCUGAUAUCAGAAAAGUCACACUGACUUCAAAACCAGACUCAGUUGAAGAUUUGAUUAGUGGUCUCCAAAACACUCUGAGACUGAACUAUAACUUUACCUUGCAGUUUCGAGAUCCCGAUUUUGAUAAUGAACUUUGCAAUCUGAGUGAAUUGUCAGAGCUCCCUCAGAAGCCGACUGUGAAGAUCAUUCCUGUGAUUGAAUUGGUGUCACUGUCAUCAGGUGAAAUGCAGGAAUCAAGUGAUAUUUCGAGUGAUACUCCAAGUACUGCAGAUACAGUACUGACCGAAUCACCCCAGGAAAAGAGAAUGCCAUGGCCUGAUAUCUUUUUGACUCCAAAAUUCUCUGUUGAUGUUGAAUAUAGGCUGCGUCAAGCAAAUUUAAUCUACUUGAAGGAUGGAACGCACCUAAAAAUGACAAAGGAAUUGAAACAUGACAUUCUUCAGAAGCUUGCAGAGACCAUUUACUCCUUCAAAGCAUACCCAACUGCUGAUAAUCUAAGGGAUGUUGCAAAGGCAUUGGUGAAUUCUCACCCCUGUCUUCAAGAACCCGGAUCUCCUUCUGGAUACUGUGGGUGGACAAACAGUUUGAAAGACAAAAUGGGAAAUUACCGAUCAAAAAUGAGAAGCCUUGGACACACAGACGUCAUGGCUAAUGCAGGGAAGAGAGGAAGAUUCUCUACUAGCAGUGAUCCACCAAAUAAGAACAUCAAAAAACCUAGGAAAGGGGAGGUCAACUACCUACCAAACCUUCCAAGUGGGCAGGAUGCCUCCAGUCUUGAAAUGUUCAGAGAGCAAUUGGUCAAUGAAAUGAAGAAAAAAAACCCUGAUGCUGUCUUUAUCAAUCAAAGGAUGGACAUGACUCUCUCUUUAAGAAGACAGGAUGUUGUGAUUAACAAGCCACCUGUUAGCCAAAUUUUUCAGCGUUGGCCUGCACUGUUUAGAGAAAGACAGGUGUAUGAAGAAUUCAACCGGGUUGUUGGGAAGAACCUUAAACAAGAAUUCUAUGGCUCUCUUGAUCGUCACUGUCCACAGCUGAUUCAGAUCUUCAGGUCAAAGAGAGGUCUCGCCGGGCAGAUUUUGAGCAAUCUUCUGCAAGAUGCCAAGACCUCUGACCUCACUGACAUGCGAUGUGUUGCCAUUAGAGGGCUUCCAGUACUUCUUGGUGAUGACCCAACUGAGUUCUUCAAAGCAUGUUUUGCUUCAGAUGAUGGAGACUCAUACCAAGAUGUGCCAGUUGGACUCCUCAGUCGAGAAAACGAAGAUGUGGCCCUGCGACCUCUUUCCUUCCACCUCCACCCAUCCUCGGUGGGAAUCAUCUUGGAGGGGAAUGUUGUGAUAGACAAUUUAGAAAACAUACCCCAGGCCAUGUGUCUUUUGUUUGGCUUAACUUAUGCACUGCACCUAAACUACCCAAAGUGCAUGGCCAAUACCUUCCUUUUCAUUCAACAAGUUCUGCUUGGUUUGGGUAAGAAGGAGCUGAAAGGCAGGAUUCUGGCUGUUUCAAAUCAGCUUGCCAUGUAAAGAGGUACAGUAAAAGAGAAUUUCCUCUUUCUGAAUCAUUGAAUCUUUCCCAGAUGUUCUUUAAACUAAGUUUUAUAAGGCAAAUGUUCAUGUUUCAUGUUAAUACAGUAUAAUAAUACUGUGCUUGUUUAAAAUUUGGAAAUGUUUUAAAACCCUGUUUUAACAACGUA